AUAUCAAAAUGAGCGAAGUAUCGUACGACAUUCUUGAGAAUCCAGAGCCAAAUAGCCAUUUAUGGAAACAAUGGAAAAAUCUUGUGGAUACCGAAGGAUGGACUUCUGAUGACAACUCGGUGACCGCAUUAACACCAUCAAUGCCGUCAACACGAAGUGUUUGGGCAGUCUCUAAAACUGCUGAAAAUGACUUUGUUGGAUGCGUUAUUUGGAAUGAGUAUAACAAAAUAUGUUUCCUCGGGUUUUUCCUGUUGGCUCCUGAGUAUCGUGGGAAAGGCGUAGGAUCAGUUAUUUGGGAUAUCGCAAUGUCUCGAAUGCCUGCCGAUCACACACUGGGACUACGAGGAGUACCCAGCAUGGUUGACAAGUACAGAAAGAAAGCAACGCCGUUUGUCGGAGCAACGCUCGAAAACUACAAAAUGAAGGUGGCCGAAUAUCACGCGUCUAUGGAAAAAAUGACAGGAGACAACUUCAAACUCGUUAGUCAUUUGACGCCUGUCGAAUUUGACCAACUGGUGCGAUACGAUAGUGAUGUCAACGGUAGAAACCGCCGAGAAUUCCUGGAACUCUAUUAUAAGCUGGACUGUGUGCUCGGAGUCGUGCUCUUUGACCAGCAUCAUAAAAUCAUUGCUCAUAUUUCUGCUGUCCGCACUUCGCACAAAGAAGACAACGUAUUCAAGAUUGCGCCAUUGUAUGCUGAUUCUCCAAGCAUUGCCAUGUCAGCACUUCGCGUGUUCUCUGGAGUGAUGUUCGAAUUGCAUCCGGAAGCGGACGUCUUGUUCCACUUACUCGAUGUUGGAAGUGGAGCAUUCCUUCAAUCAUUUUUCCAAAGUCUUGAGAUCAUUCCUGCAGUUAGUGGAGUUACUCUUUUCAGUAACGAAUGGCCGAACAAGGGCGAUUUGUCAAAGGUUUUUAUUGCGCAUAACAAUUCUUGUCAUUUUGAUUAUUAAUGACUGUUUCUGUUUUGAAUUUCAUGUUGUAGUAAUAUUUAUUGGUUCUAUGCAAUUAAUUUUCUGAAAACUUCUUUUAAUGUAAUAGCUAAAAGGUUGUGUUGAAUGUUAACUUUUCAUCUAAAUUAUGCUAUUAAUGUCAAAUGUUUUAAAAUUUUAAAUUGUUCCAUUUUUGCUUCUUUUAUCAUUUUAAUGGUUAGUGUAUUCUGGUUAGUGUUUAUUAUUAUCAUUAUACAGCACAAUGCUGAACCGAAUUGGCUUGCUUGAGACAUUUUUAUUUUCUCAAUAAAUCAGAAGAACAAA